UGGAUUCCCAGCUGCGCGAGGUGCCAUGCUGAGCGGGCCUUGCCGACAGGUUACGUCUGCGCUGCUGGGGAGGCGGCCGUUAGCAGCGUCCGUUGGGGCGGCAGCCUGGAGCAGGGCGGUGCAUUUGGCGGGGCCCAGGCCGGCCUCGGACAGCGCAGGGCCGAGCCAGGCCUCGCCUCCCUCGGGCUUUGACGCGGCCCUGCUGGAUGUCCUGGUGUGCCCGCUCUCCAAGAAGCCUCUGAGGUAUGAAAUGUCAACAAAUGAACUGAUUAAUGAAGAACUGGGAAUUGCUUAUCCAAUCAUUGAUGGUAUUCCUAAUAUGAUACCACAGGCAGCAAGAAUGAUACACCAGAAUAAGCAACAAGAAGAAAAAGAACAAGAGUAGUCUGUUCUUAUUAGAAACCAAACUCCAGGACACAGUACAUUAGGAGAAAGAAGAGAUAAGCAGUCAAGGAAAAUGUUUCUGUCUUUACCCACAUUGACUGUUCUUAUUCCUUUGAUCUCUUUAGCUGGACUGUUUUAUUCCGCCUCUGUAGAAGAAAAUUUUCCCCAUGGUUGCACCAGCACAAGCAGCCUGUGCUUUUACAGUCUUCUCUUGCCAAUUACUAUACCAGUUUAUGUGUUCUUCCACCUCUGGACUUGGAUGGGUAUUAAACUCUUCAGACACAAUUAAUGUAAGCAGAGGCCAUCCUGAGAAACUAUGUAGUAAGGCCAUGUGAUUUACAUUUAAGCAGAAAAGUGAUUUUUUUAUUUUACUCUACCUAAUUCUUAUUACACUGAAAUAAUCUCAUUUUCAUAGAAGAUAAAAGUGAGCUUUUUUAUUUUGCCUUCUUUUCCAUGGUUGAAGGAGGGAGGAAAGGAAUCCCUAUAUUCAUUGUAUUAUAUUAUCUUGUUGGAUUUAACAACCCUAAUCUUAAUUUCUAUAAAUGCUUGACUUUUAGUUUUGAUAUUAUACUCAAUUAAAAUUAAAUAUAUUUAUCAAAAUGUUGGAUUAUUUUGGUUAAUUGAUUAAAGGCUUUUGGGCAAUGGAAAAUAAUAAUAAAAAUAUCAAAUUUCAAAGA